AUGGCUUACGAAUUCUCCACCUCUCAAUACCAGCAAUUUAACCGUAUGAGUUGGGUGGCCUUCCAGAAUGCGAUGAACGCUUAUUUCGGCCCAGAUCCCGGUCAGACCCGCGCUGGUCUCAACCACUACCGUCUCUGUUGUACGCGCAAACUCACCCUCCGUACCAAUAGAUACGCCAACUGUCUUGCCAUGGCUCGAAGAUGGUUUCGCGAUGACAAUGUGCUAGACCGUAUGAUGGAUUGGCUCCAUGUUUUUACUAUGCCACACGUCCUAGAUCCCAAACGUCAGGUCUACCCACCUCCACGGACCGAAGGGUUGAACCUUCCCUAUGUCCCUGCAGAUUGGGAUGGACCUGUAGGUAGCCAUGUAGAUGAUGCUGAUGCUGUUACCGGUGCUAUCAGAGCUGGUUGUCUGGACUGCAUCAAAUUUCUCUAUAGCCUAGAUCUGUUGGAGGAUUUUCCAGUGAUUUACAAUCAAAACGGGAACUCCCUCGCAUACGUUGCUAUCAAAGCCCACCAGCCCGAAAUACUCAAGCUCCUCGUCAAGACUGCUAGAACUCGACACUCACUCGGCGAUUAUCCCGCUCGGAUCUCUGAUGCCGCUUGGCCCCUGAUUGAGGAUCCCGACCUACAUGGCUCUCUCCUUGAUUUCGCUGCCAUGGAAGGCCGUCUCGAUCUCUUCCUUCCGAUCUACAACAAAUGGACCACCGCUGAGUUCACCGAGGAUGUAUUUAAUCCAGGUGGCAUUAUCCGGCCAUCUACCUCUAUUGUAGCCAAAUUCACUCCUCGACUCCGUUAUUAUGUCUGCAGGUUUGUGAACCGCAAUCUCCUUCGCUCCCUCUCAUAUAAAUUAGAGGAUUCACUCAUUGAAUUUGCCUGGCUCGGCGGGGGUGACGAUAUUCGUUUCAGACAGGCCCCCCCUCCUAACGCUCGCGUAUUCCCUACCCUUGGUCUCGGUUGGCACAAUGCGAUGCGUAUCAGUCACGACGUGACGUAUGCCCUUGACUUCCUGCGUUUAGACCAGGAAGAUAUUGCUGGAAACUAUAUGCCGCAUCCCAUUCCUAAUUCAUACCACAAUUCUGUCGAUCUCUACAACAAUACUCCACUUCAUAUCGCUGCCGAGGAAGGUCGACUCGAGGCCGUUCAGUGGCUUUACAACCUCCAUACUCCACAGGGUUACCAGUAUGCUUUUCCGCAUCCCCAUAUUGCCCCCGACCCGGAUCUCCCCAAUACCGCCUUCAUCCCUCGCACGCCUUUAGACCUCUGUCUCAACAGCCCUGCCCCAGGCACUUGUCGGGUUCUUCCGAUUCUGAUGGAGCACAGUCCUUCUUUUGUUGCGAUAAACGGGGUUUUAAACCCCCCUACUCCCAAACAAAUCGGUGAAAAAUUCGACGCCAUGAUGCUCGGCGCCAGAAAUCACUUGAACGCACUCACCGUCUCUUUUAGUACUGGCCAGAUCACUGAAGUUGUAUAUCGAGCUGACCAGAACAAUCUCUAUCAGAUCUACAUGACCAAAUGGCGGAUCUACACCAGGCAUGUCCCCCCCGACUGGUUCACAUCCGCCCAGUACAACACCCGGCUCCGCGCUCUGAAAGCCUCGAAAGACAAUCAUCCGGCCUAUCGGACGACAUGGAUGAUCCCAGCCUUUGAAACGCCCCAUGUUAUUUGGACCCGACAUAGCAGGGACAGCCAUGAGGAAUUGCUUGAAGUGGCCUCCCUACGGCGCGCCGCAACGCGAACUCCAGAAAUUGUCAAGCUUUCAGUCCAGCUCAUCUCUCAUCCUCCAUCCACCUCCAACCCACCACAAGACUCAUUCCUUAUAGCCUCACCCAUACGUCACUUUCACGGCCUCUAUCAUAGCUUUGACAACAUCUACCUAGACCUCUCAAAGCAACCAGGAAAAUGCAAGCUGGCAGACAGCGGCCUGGGAUGGCGCCCAUCAGGUGGAGGCGACACCUUCACUCUGGACAGCAGCAACAUUGGCGCAGCACACUGGAGUCGUGCUGCAAAGGGCUUUGAGCUUAAGAUCUUGUCGCGCAACUCAGGUGUGAUCCAACUGGAUGGAUUUGACCAGGAGGUAUGUCCAGUUGAGCGCCCUGCAAUCACCCAUCCAUUUACUGACCAAUUCAAGGAUUUUGAGCGCAUGAGCAAGGCAUUCAAGAUUUGGUACGGCAUUAACGUGGAGACCCGAGAGCACGCACUGCGAGGGUGGAAUUGGGGAAAAACAGAAUUCACAAAAGCCGAACUCGCCUUCAACGUUCAGAACCGCCCCGCUUUCGAAGUCCCUUACUCGGAAAUCGCAAACACAAAUCUGGCAGGACGGAAUGAGGUCGCUGUGGAGUUCGCCCUGCCAACUGGGGAUGCAGGUGAGGGAGCUGUGAAGCCUGGAAGCACAAAGAACCGAGGCCGCAAGGCUGCCGCAGGUCCCGAUGAGCUGGUUGAGAUGCGUUUCUAUAUUCCCGGAACCGCGGUGAAGAACGAGAAGGCUGAGGGUGCCGAGGGCGAGGAAGAAGAGAACGAUGACGACGCAGAAGAGCAGAAUGCCGCCAACCUCUUCUAUGAGACGCUCAUGGACAAGGCUGAGAUUGGAGACGUGGCGGGCGACACAUUUGCUACCUUCCUCGAUGUUCUGCAUCUCACGCCCAGAGGACGAUUCGAUAUCGAUAUGUACGAAUCAUCCUUCCGGUUGCGCGGAAAGACCUACGACUACAAGAUCCAAUAUUCUGCGAUUAAGAAAUUCUUCCUUCUUCCCAAGAACGAUGACACCCACACACUCAUUGUGCUUGGUCUUGACCCCCCUCUGCGCCAGGGUCAAACCCGCUAUCCUUUCCUCGUGAUGCAGCUGAAGCUGGAUGAGGAGAUCAGUCUCGAGAUGAACAUGACAGAGGACAUUAUGCAAAGUCAGUACAAGGACAAGCUGCAGCCUCACUACGAAGAACCUAUUCACCAAGUGGUCACCAAGGUCUUCCGUGGCCUGUCCGGGAAGAAGGUCAUCAUGCCUUCCAAGGACUUCGUCAGCCACCAUGGCCACCACGGAGUCAAGUGCUCCAUCAAAGCCAACGAGGGUCUCUUGUACUUCUUGGAUAAGAGUCUCAUGUUCGUUCCCAAGCCUGCUACUUACAUUCAGAUGGACAACAUCGCUAUGGUCACCAUGUCACGUGUUGGCGGUGCUGUCUCUGCCAGUCGUACCUUCGAUAUCACCGUGGGUUUGAAGAACGGAUUGGGUGAACAUCAAUUCAGCAACAUCAACCGUGAGGAGCAAAAGUCCCUGGAGGACUUCUUCAAGGCUAAGAGCAUCCGCAUUAAGAAUGAAAUGGCCGAGGAGGCCUCUGGUCUUAUUGCCGCGGCACUUGACAACGACGCGAUGGGAUCUAGUGACGAGGAGGCCCGACCCGACCGCGGGUCUGCCGACGAAGACGAGUCAUCGGUUGAUGAAGACUUCGACGCCUCAUCAGAGUCCGACGUGGCCGAAGAGUUCGACUCAGACCAUGAGAGCAGCGGUGGCAGUGACGAGGAGAUGCAGGAUGCUCCUGCGGGCGAUGAUGAUGAGCGUCCCAAGAAGAAGACCAAGACCUCUCAAUAG